GUAAUAUGUUACAUUAAGGCUGCGGUCAAGCUGCCGCUACAAAUGUUUCAAAGCGAUUCUCUUCUUCUUUUACCUGUACUGAAAGAAAGGAAACGAAGAAUACUUUGAAACAUUUGUAGUACUUAAAAAAUUUAAGCUGCAAGUUUUCUGAUCUUUUAUUUGAAGAGAGUAAAGUCAAUUUACACAGAAAUAAAGUCAGAUUUUAUUUAUAUUUUUAUCCCCUCCCAGCAAACACCAAAGUAACAAUUAAUGCAAAUGUAAUAUAACAGGCAUGUGUUAUAUUACAUUUAUAUUGAUUUUAUGUAACUGUUACUUUGGUAUUUGCUGGGCUUUAGAAUUUCUAUUGCUUUUGCUGUUUCUAUCACAAUGCUUUAAGUUGACACGUGUGUAGUUAUUAUUAUAGGUGUGUAUUACCUGCCUAUGAACAUGAUAGUCACGUGGUCAUCGCGCCUGUUUACACAUGCGCGUAAAGUGCUGCAUACCGCGUGCGGUGCGACUAGAAUAUACGCUCUUCCGUUGUCACGACGAGGUGUUAGGUGUUAACGUAUUAACUUUCGAUAUAAAACGUUGCUUAUAACAUAACAUGCGUGGCGCACAACAUAUGAAAUAUUAAGGAAAAUUAACAUUCGGAGUUAGCAAACUCGGAUGAUAUGUCAGUAAUUCUUAAUGAUUAAGCUUGCGCGAGGUUACUUGAAGAUGCACAACACGUACGAGACGAGAGUGAAACAAGGCAGUAUACCUUGUUUACGUACGGAACUGAAUCUCGCUCUCACGUUGCACGGUGGUCAGAGUUUCAGAUGGACACUUUGCGAGUCAGAAUACAGAGGCAUCUUCAACGGAUGCAUUUGGACUUUGUCUCAAACUAAAACCCAUCUCUUAUACACCGUACAAGGGCAACUAAAGGAUUCUGUAAACUACGAUAAUGUUCUGUCCGAAUAUUUGAGGCUGUCGGUACCAUUAGAGAAACAUUACAAAGAGUGGGCGGAAGCAGAUACACAUUUUCAAAAGUAUAUGGAUGAAAGUAAUGCUGUCCGAAUACUGAAGCAGGAUGUCGUGGAGAAUUUAUUCUCGUUUAUCUGUAGCUCCAAUAAUAAUAUAUCGAGGAUAUCAAACAUGGUUGAAAACAUGUGUUCAUUAUUUGGCCGUAAAAUAUGUUCGAUCAAAGAUAAAGAUUUUUACGAUUUUCCAACGAUAGAAGUUUUGAAGGAAAGAAGUGUGGAAAGCAUAUUAAGAAGAGAGAAAUUUGGCUAUCGCGCUGCGUAUAUAGUUAAUGCGGCAGAACGUUUAUCAGCGUUAGGUGGGAAAGAUUGGCUUUUGAAUCUACAAAGGGAGAGUGUUUCUUACCACGCUGCCAGAGAACAACUGAUGACUCUACCAGGAAUUGGUCCCAAGGUUGCAGAUUGCAUAUGUUUAAUGUCGCUAGGUCAUUUAGAUGCUAUACCCGUUGAUACCCAUAUUUUUCAAAUAGCACAGGCAAAUUAUUUACCGCAUUUAAAAAAGCAAAAAACAGUUACGCCAAAAAUUCAUACCGAAGUAAGUGAGUAUUUACGAGAAUUGUGGGGUCCGUUGGCUGGAUGGGCACAAGCUAUUGUAUUUUCUACAAAAAUUAACGAUAAAUCUAAAUCAAAUGGAAAGCAAAAACGCACAAAUAACGAUGAUGAAAAUUUAGUACAAGCAAAAGUGCCUAAGGUGGUAUGAUUAUUGUGAACUCGUUGCGUUUAUUUUCACGAAGAGCAAUGCAAUUUUAUCCACGCAGAAAAACUGUAAUGCGUUAAUUGUCUCUUUAGAAACAAAUUUUGCAUCGUUUAUAUAUUUCGCCAAAAUUUAUGAAUGAUAAGAAUAUUGAUUUUGGUAAUGUAUUCAAGUAUAUAAAGGAAUGACAUACAUUAGUUAUCUACUUUUUAAAGAAAAGAGAUAAUUUUUGUUUUUACUAUCCAUUGCGCUCGAAAGUAUUAGACCAUAGGACGAUUGUUUGAAAAUACUUUUUAAGAAAUCUUUUAUCUUACAGAGUAUUACUUUUCUUAUUUUUAUAUUAACAGAUAUAUACUUACACAAUCAUUGUAAAAUACGAUUUAUAAAAUGACUAACUGAACACCUUA